AUGAACACCAACACGAUCAGACCACAAUUCCCUCCAAAUCUUUCGGUCGAAGAAUUGAUAGUUAAUGCGGUAGAAAAAUUACAUAAAACUGGAAAAAUUUCAAAAACACCGAAUUCCUUUUUCGCAUAUCGAAUGGCACUUCAGAAAGAAUUGACAGCAAGAAAUUAUUACCCAAAUAUGUGUGAUCUAUCCAUCAUUGCCGGGAAUUUAUGGAUACAAGAGCCCCAGUAUAUCAAGGCUGAAUAUCAAAGACUUGUUCACGACGCUAAAAUCCUUUUCGAAGAAUAUUGUCAUCACGCCUUUCUUCCCUAUAGUAUCAAUCAAGAGCAACAACAAAACCUUUAUUACUUUUAUUAG